AUGCUUCUGGUGUGGGAGAUUCUCUUGACGGCGGCUCGUUUCGUAAGUGGGGGCAGCCGCUUGUGAUAAUUCGCUGCCCUCUAUAAAUAUCUCGUUUUGUUGUUGCUACUACCUUUGACAAUGGACUCCUGAACGAGUUCUUAAUCUCGGAAUAGAAAACGAACUGUUAUAGUGCUCGACUGGACUUCCUUUUCUUACUCAUACAAACACCUGGGACUCGAACACCCGCAUCCAUUCGUGAUUGCUUUUUCUUCGGGGAUAUGCCUAUUCAAGCCAGGAUUCAAUAGAUGCCAGUUAAUGUGGGAGGGUACCGAGAACGCGGAGACGAAUGAACGCGUCCGGAUGAGGGCAGCGGGGCGUCCUGGCUCGGCUAGAUAGAAGCAAUGUGCCCAGCGAAUCACUGUGCUUAGUCAUUCCUCCGGUUGGAAUGGUCUACUCUUGGGAAUUGGGAGGCAGUUCAGGAUGAUGCUGGGCAAUAUUUUCUCACUGCAAUCAAGUCCAUGUUCUCCUAGUGGCUGAAGAUUGUCCUUAUAGAGAAAAUAAAUACUGCCCUGUGCGUUUACAAAUAAAGCCUCUAAAGUGGAAGAGGGCGUUUAGGCGGCUAAUGACCUACAAAAGUGGUAUAGACUCGGGCUUGCAUGAGGUGAAAAAAUCAACGGCGUAUUCACUAGCCCUUGUGUUUGGGCAAUACUUUUAGUCUGACAUUAGUCCGAUGAUCUGAUCUGAUUUCAUGGGUUAGUCCACCUACUGUAUGUCCCAAAAAACAAAUAUUACAAGACGGAUGCAGAAGUAAAUUCUAUGCGUGUUCCAUCAAUAAGAUGAUACUGAUGUCAUGCAGUCAUUGAAAAUCAAUGAGAAAGGUGUACAUUAUAUAAGCGGACAUUUUUAUCGAGCGUGAUUUUCGCAACUGACUGAACAGACGGCCGCCCAAGGGCCAAUACCCUAGCGCGUAUGCAAGCGCCCUGAGAAUCUGUUCUAUGAUAGCCAGUACUGUAAUCUCGUUUAAUGGGUCCACUCGCCCAGUGUUUCAUGAUUUUGAUCGGUUACCAUAUACCCUUUAAAGUCUGUGGAAACUCUAUGCGUAAAAUCGGCUGGGGCGACGACGUCGUUCACGCUCCGUCCAUAAGGGUGACUCCGAUCCUGGAUAUGCUGGUGGUGGUGAAGAUGAUAAAGUGGGCAAUGCUAAUGGUGGUGGCCAUGAUUUGUCCCCAUUCUAAUCGAACUGUGCCGCAACAGCGGGACACUGAAACGAAGGCCAUAUUGAUCCAUGAAAAGCGUUAGUCCAAUUAAGGCCCUGGCCACUGCCGUAAAUGCGCACCUCGCACCCCCAAACCGGCCACGUGGUAGAUACGCUGGACCAACAGAGGGGCCAUAUCGGAUUGCCACCAUAACAAAUGCCAGCAUUUCGGGGUGCGAUAGCAGACUAGGUUGCCGGCGGACGCCGCGCACACUGGGACCCCUGCCACCCCCGCUUGUCGUUGUUGGUCAAAAAUCUCGUCAUUUUCUGCGUGGAUAAAGGGGAGUGGAGCCCCAGGGUGCGGGCUCGACCGUGCCGUCCACCUGCUCCCUCUCUACCUCCGGUCUUCUUGACUAUGUCUUGACACCCGACCCGGGUGAGGGAUGAGUGUGCGGUAGAUGCUUCGCAAGUCUACUAUCACUAUAAACUAACUUAGGCGCAAGUCAACGUGCCUGCUCCCAGCACGCUGCGGAGCACACGGUGGAAAUCGUCGAAAACGACGGUCGAACUGUCGUGUCUGUAUGGGGUGCAGGGGUGUCCAGCGGUGGGUCCACGCGAUGGACGUAGUAGGUCGCUCGCUUGCUUGCAGGUGAAGACUACGACCAGCGUCCAUUUACUGGCAGCGAUGGGCCGAGCACUUCAGAGGCGUCCUCAACCGUCCCUCCACCAUCUCCGACACCGCCAUCGCCCGUCUGCCUCAAUUGGAGACCAACGUCGACCUCGACCUCCCACCCUUUCUACACGAAACCAUCAGGACCGUGCAGCAGCUUCCCAGCAGUAAAGGGCCCGGAUCGGAUGCGAUCCCCGCUGAGAUUUACAAGCACGGUGGAUUAUCUGACUGCGCUUUUCCAGGAGAUGUGGCGUCAAGGAGGAUUCCGCAGGAUUUCAGGGACGCCACAAUCGUUCACCUCUACAAGCGGAAAGGGAACCGCCAAAUCUGCGACACCCACCGAGGCAUUUCCCUGCUGCACAUCACUGGGAAGAUGUUCGCUCGCAUUUUUCGCAACCGCCUGAACAACCAUCUGGAACAGGAUCUCCUGCCGAAAAGUCAGUGCGGCUUCCGUCGUCAUCGUGGUACCACCGACAUGAUCUUCGCCGCCCGCCAACUGCAGGAGAAGUGUCAGGAGAUGCGAACCCACCCCUACUCUACCCUCCUGGAUUUGGCAAAAUCCUUCGGCACGGUGAAUCGAGAAGGGCUGUGGAAAAUCAUGCAGAAGUCCGGUUGUCCGGAACGAUUCUAUCGGAUGCUGCUUCAGCUCCACGAUGGCAUGAUGGCGCGAGUUACGGACAAUGGAGCUGUCUCAGAGGCACUCUCACUGACCAGCGGGGUGAAGAAGGGCUGCGUCCUCGCGCCCACCCUCUUCAGUCUCAUGUCCUCUGUCAUACUGAUAGACGCCUACGGUGACGAAAGCCCCAGGAUCCGCGUCGCCUAUAGAACGGACGGUCACCUCCUCAAUCUGCACUUCCAGUCGCGUGUAUCCACAACCACCGUCCACGAACUUCUGUUCGCCGAUGACUGCGCUCUCAAUGCAACUACUGAAGGACACAUGCAAAAGAGCAUGGAUAUCUUCUCCGCCCCCCGCGAGAACUUCGGCCUGAUCAUCAACACGGAGAAAACGGUCGUCAUGCACCAACCGCCACCCAACACUGCCCACAAUGCGCCGUAAGUCAGCGUGAACGGAACCCACCUGCAAGUGGUGGACAACUUCACAUAUCUGGGCGGCACCCUCUACCGCAGCACCAAAAUCGACGAUGAAGCAGCCCGCCUGAUUUCCUCGUGUGGAUGAACGACGAGCGGCUACCCGCAGUACUCUUCUAUGGAGAUGUCGCGACGGGUUCACACCGACAGGGAGGUCGAGUCCGGCGCUACAAGGACACUAUAAAGACCUCCUUGAAGCGCCUGCAGAUCAACCCGGCAAACUGGGAAGACCUCGUCCGGGACAGACCUAUGUGGAGGAGAACAGCGAAUAUAGGCGCAGCCAUCCUCAAAGCCAACCGCAUCACCGCCGCCAAGGCCAAACGCGAGACACGCAAAUCUCAACUGCCGCCGCCUCACAAUGCCAACGCCAACCACCUGCAACGUACCCACGAUGUCGACGGACAUUCAGGGCGUCAACCAGACUGGUUGGACACCUCCGGACCAACGGCAGCACGCGGAUUGUACCAAUAG